AUGCCUUCUGCAAUUACUAUAUCCGCCAUAGACACGGAAUCAGCGAUAUGUUCAGUUGAGAGCUCAGUUAAAACUGUCUUCGCAAUCCCUGAACUUUUAGAACUCAUCCUCCUCCAGCUUCCAUUUCUCGAUCUUGUUCGAGCGCAAAUGAUUAACCAAAAUUUUCAUGAUGUUAUCGAAUCCUCAAAUUUACUACAACAAGCUCUGUUCUUUCGUGCAUCUCCAGCUUCAUCAUUUCCACGACCCAAUCCUCUCCUUCAACCUUGUCAUAACGCUCAGUUCCUAGACCUACGAUCGACUCAAACACGAUGCAGGUAUCUGCAUAACCCGCGAGGUCGGCGGAUGGCAGAUUGGAGCAAGUGGCCUGCUAUAGAUUAUAGAGAUGGAUUUAAAUUGAAUAUACAACCUACUAAUGAGGCUGUCAGAAGGGUAGAGGCUAGUUGGAGGCGUAUGUUGAUUGUUCAACCACCCAUUGAAGAAUUAGAAAUGAAUGGCCCACCAUCGCGAAAGAUUAAAGAUCGAUUUGGUGUAAUAAUGGAGGAGCUGGGAAGCCCAUUGGGAAAAUUGAGGUGUGUGGAUUUUGAGAUCUUUACAAGUGGGAAGUCCCGUAUGAUUGUUGAGAAGCAAAUGAAACGCAUGGCGCAUUGA